AUGUCGCGAUUGCGUACGCCGCUGUUUUACCAUCGCAAUAUACCCCAACUUGCGGCCUCCCCAACUUCUACUUCCCUCCCUACCAGUGUCCCUUCAGCAUUAUCCUCUUCCUCUGAUACCACCGCUGGCAAUGCGUUCCUUAUGAGCAAACUUACUGCUGCAAAGCGCACGCAAAUAUAUUGGAUUGCGACCGCUCUUGCCAGUGAGGGGCUCUGGACAAUCAGAUUCAGUCUUGAGUGUCAGGAGCACCUAUGGUGGACAGGCAUAGCGUUGGCUCUUAUCGCCUCAUUAGGUUGUAUGGUCCUUUCAUUCCUUGCCGGAAAUAACAGUGAUUCGCUUGGCAUUAUCUUGUUGGCCAGCGCAUCCUCUCUUGCUGUAUUCCGCUAUGCGUGGCCUGCAUGGCGUAAUCGGCAUUACUGCUCUAAUCGAUGGGCAGCAUGGACUGGCCCAAGCCGUACAGGUAUUGAUGCAGCUCUGGUUCCCCUCGUAAAAGGCGAUGAUCCCUGGCCCAUUUUCAGCAAGGGGGUUCAAGUCAUGAAGCAGCAUCCCGUCGACAUUCGCCUUUUCAGAUCCAGGCUCAUCGCCGAUGACCCUACAGAUAUCCUCAAAGCGAAAAGGCGCAUUAUUGACCCAGGAAUGUCUGGGCUGCAGCCCGUAGAAGAAGAAGAAAAAUCGUUAAAAAUUGUAGAGCGUGGGCCAGAUAAUCGCACUGGUCUAUACGAGCCCGUCCGUCAGAAACAAUCCGCCUCCCUUUUAUGGGGAGCCUACAUCGGGUUCUCUCCCCGUGUCAGCCGAGCGAUAUUGGCUGUCCCGUCACGCUUGUUGAAAUCGUCUCCGCUCACUGAUUCUGGUCAUGAUGGCCAGUCUGUGUGCCUCGCUCAUGGCAUCCUAGGCCGUAACAAGGGGCUCGCCCCAAAGAUAUUUAUACUUGGACUGGACAUCAAGAUACUUGAGGAGAAAAGCGUCCAGUGGCCUCGGCCUUCCAAAGUCCUACGCAGUUACUUCAAGGACGAGAUGGAAGCUGCUUACGGAUCGCUUCCGAAGAACUAUAUCAACGCUGCAACGGAGCUGGCACUCCUCCUGGCUGAUUCAAGCCAUGCUCUCGUUGCAGAUUGGCUUGUAGCAUGCAUGGAACAUCAAGACAUUGCACUGAAUAACCAAGUAGCCCGUCUUGGCGCGUCUGACGCUGACUUGCAGUUGCUGUAUCAGCUCUCCUAUGCUGCAAUGUUGGUCAGCUUGAGUGCACAUCGGAAGGGUCGCAAGUAUCGUCCAGAAAUGAAGCUUUUCGUCGCAUACUGGACAAGAUACAGAGGUGGCGUCGACUCUCUUCCCGAUUGGACAACUUCGGGAAAGAUGACGGAACGAGUUAGCCAGGAGGAAAGCGAUUUAGGCGUUACUGACUUGAAUGCUUUGAUUGAUGCUGUUUGUUCGGGAUUGGAUAUUGAAGCCUCAUCUUCUGCGGAGAAUACUGCGACGCCUGUUACUAAAUAGCAUGUACAGUCAUGACUACCGACUCGGAUGCCUGGUACCGUGUUCUAUGGAUACUUCCAAGAGAAUCAAUGUAUCCACGACUUGGGGAAUGUAAUUUUGAAUAUACGCGCAGCUAACUUUGGG